GGAAACACAAGAAGUUUCUACACACCUACCUACGUAUGUAUAUGAUUAUAAAAAUCAAGAAAUAUUUCUAUUUGAUAUGAAAUCAUCUCACUAAUGUAUGAUUGUUAUUUAUUUUAAUUUAAUUUGACUAAUAUAUGAUUGUUAUUUAUUGCGUGUAAUCUCUGACUUUUGUCGUUCCCAACUCGACAUGGAUCGUCAAAUCAAAAACACCACACAACAACAUUGGCAACAACAACAACGAUGAAGAACAACAAUUCAUCAAGUGCCAUCAAGAAUCAUCCAUGUAAGAAGAAAACCACUCUCUUACUUCUCUUCUCUCUCCUCACCACCUCUCUCCUUCUCCUUCGUCUCUCCCAAAACAAAAUCAUCCUCAUCACCACCACCACUACUACCUCCGACUCCGAUCACCACCACCGUCACGAUUCAUGCCUCGGCCGCUAUAUAUACAUCCAUAACCUACCUUCUCGAUUCAACACCGACAUCCUCCAAGACUGCGAGUCGAUUUCAAGACCAAAGGACAAGAUCAGCAUGUGUAAGUACCUCGACAACUCUGGAUUCGGACCAAGGAUCGGUGAUGCUGUCUCUAUCGCUUCGAGCUGGUACGCGACUAAUCAGUUCAUGCUCGAAGUGAUAUUCCACGAGAAGAUGAAGAGAUACGAGUGCUUGACGAGAAACUCUUCGUUGGCUUCUGCUUUUUAUAUACCUUACUACGCUGGUCUCGAUUUCCGGCGGAGACUGCGGCGGCGUAACGUCGCUGAAAGAGACGCCGCCGGGAAGGAAAUGUUCAAAUGGCUCAAAAAGCAACCUCAGUGGAAAGGUCUGUCAGGUAAAGACCAUUUUCUCGUAAUCGGUCGGAUAUCACGAGACUUCCGGCGAAACCCCGACAACAACUCCCUAUGGGGAACCAACUUAAUGCUGUUACCAGAGUCACAAAACCUCACUUUCCUCACCAUUGAACGAAGUCCAACGAGCCACAACGAGUUUGCUAUUCCUUAUCCAACCUACUUUCACCCCACUUCAACCGUCGAGAUUCGCCAGUGGCAAGACAAGAUCAAGCUCACAAACCGAACAAUACUCUUCUCAUUUGCCGGAGCUCAGAGACCGAGCAGAAGCCAGAACGGUUUGGUUCGCAGUCAAGUCAUCCAACAAUGUAAGAGUUCUUCCGAGACUUGUACAUUUCUUGACUGUGACGUUAAAACCAACGGCUGCGAUGAUCCGAUGAGUUUGAUGAAACUAUUCGAGAGUUCUGUUUUCUGCUUACAACCACCGGGUGAUUCGUUAACCAGAAGAUCGGUGUUUGAUUCUAUCUUAGCCGGUUGUAUUCCGGUUUUCUUUAACCAAGGAAGUGCACACAAGCAAUAUGUGUGGCACUUACCGAACAACGAUGGAGAAUAUUCUGUUUAUAUACCGGUUAAGGAGCUGAGAACCGGGGGGAAAAGCAGAGUUGAAGAGAUUUUGCGGGGAAUACCGAAUGAGAAAGUAGUUGGUUUGAGAGAAAACGUAAUAAGAUUGGUUCCAAAGAUUGUGUACACUAAACCAAACCGAUACAAACCGGAUGAAGAGACUCUUGAAGAUGCUUUCGAUGUUGCGGUGGAGGGAGUGAUCAAGAGAAUAGAAGAAAAAAAGAGAGAAAUUCAAGAGUAAUUAGACCCAAAAGGAAUACAUUCUUACAUUUGUUUUUGUAUUUAGAUAUUCAAUUAUCUUGUAGAAUGUUUCUCAUUCUUUCACAUAAAUUAAAAAUAGAUAAGAAUAUUUACAUG